AUGGCAAAUUUUGUUCUUCAAGUAAGAUUUCCAUUUAGCAUUUCCAGUAUUAAUUAAAGUUUUCUCCAUUGAGGGGAGGAACUUUAUAACUUUCUUCUUCAACGUUACUAAAGGAUGAAACACUUACCGACUGGUGAAAAAAAAUGUUCAAUGCGUAAUUCGUGAACACGAUGCGUGAUGAAUAAUAAGAAAAAUAACUAAGUAAUACAAUAAUAAGAAAAACAACUUAUUAGGUUAUAAUAAAUAAUUAAAUAAAUAGUACACAAAUUCACACUCAUUAAUCGUAUAAAACCUGAUGUAUGUACAAUACGUCCGGAGAAAUCAAGAUACAUGUCGAUUAAAAGAAAAAUUACGAUAAUGCUGUAGACAUCUGUUGUAAACAUAUUAUACUAUAAGAUAGGUGAAACAAAAAGAAGCGGAAUAAAUAUUGUAACGAGCCGGCGAUUUGCCGUCGUUGCAUUAAACUUAACACAGGUGCUUUGUUUUAAUAUCAAACAAUUUUCUUUAUUUUACAAAUAUUAAAUAGUAAUUUACAUAUAAUAGUUUAUUUCAUUUAAGUAGGUUUACAGAAAACUGGGGUUUUGUAUGUGUGCGAAAUACGUGGGUUUUUGAAUGAUGAACGCGUUGUGUGUUACAAUUAAACCGUGCAAAAUGUUAUUAUAAAAAUUGAAUACUUAAUACAAGUGUUAGUAUUAAUAUAAUUACAAACAAGAAUAACAAGAAUGGUUUGGUAAAUAGAAUAGCACCACACAUCAGGUCGGAUGAUCGUUCUUCUAACAGUCUUAUUUAAUGCUGCACUAAGAUUGUCAUAUUUUUCUCUACUUUGGAAAUUUUCAAUUAUCAUUCUAUUCCAUAAACCUAAAAAGCCUCCUGAUCUACCUUCUUCCUAUUGACCUAUAAGCCUCCUGCCCUUCUUCGCUAAAAUAUUCGAAAGACUAAUACUAAAAAGAAUCCUUCCUUGCAUCUACUCUAAUAAUGUACUUCCUAAUACUCAAUUUGGAUUUCGCGCCAACCACUCUACAACACAUCAGCUGCAUAGACUAGUUGACUCCAUAUCCUUUUUACUUGAAAAAAAAAAAAUACUGUUCUUGCGUGUUUCUCGAUGUGUCUCAAGCGUUUGAUCGUGUCUGGCACGAAGGCCUUCUCUACAAAAAUUAAAACUUUUUCUCCCAUCUACAUACUACUUGCUAAUAAAAUCUUAUCUAACCGAUCGACACUUCCAGGUCAAGUUUGGUUCUUCUGUUUUAAGCAUCGCAAACAUUAAUGCAGGAGUCCCACAGGGUGGCAUACUCUCGCCAAUUUUAUAUAAUAUAUAUGCCGCUAAUCAACCUACCUCUCUAAAUACAACUGUAGCCAAGUUUGCGGAUGAUAAGGCAAUUAUAGCGAUCCAUGAAGAUCCAAAUACUGCUUCCCUAAACCUUCAACAUCACUUCAAUUUAUUGUCUAAUUGGUACGAUAAUUGGAGAGUUAAAGUAAAUCAAUCCAAAUCACUGCACACUACCUUUACUCUUCGCCUUGCUCCCUGUCCUGAAGUUUCCUUAGCUGGCAUACCUAUACCUUCAUCUCAAUCUGUCAAGUAUUUAGGGCUAACCAUUGAUCGUCGCCUCACAUGGGCGCAACACGGAAGGGAAAAAAAAACUCACCUAAAAUGCACAAAUUGCUUAUUUACAAAUCAUUAA